AGACACAAGGUGCUUCACACAGGUGGCACGACUGCUACUGUGUGUGCUAGUGAUUGGUUUAAAGAAUAGCGACCAUAAGGUUUUAAUAAUCUUCACACUAAUGAAGCGAUGCUGGAUAUGACUUGAAGGAUGAAUGUAAAGGACCUGUAAGGAUGAAUGAAAUGAAAGAGAAUGGAGGAGCAAAAAGCGAAGAGUGAUGUGAGGAACAGUGUGAGGAACGAUAUUCCACGACUGCAGUCUAUGCUUGCAAAGCUUAAUCUAAAACACAAACAACCCAAAACAGACGAUGUUAAAUUACACCCAGAUACGGUCUGUAAAAGUGUGUUUUACCAUUCUCCGGAGCCUGAAGGAAGUGUAACGAAUGAAGAAGACAGGAAAAAUAGCACAGUCAGAUCUGAUGGUGAUGAGGAACAACCAACUAGGAGUUCUGAAACAGAACAUGGAAAUGAAGCUGUUGAAGAGGUCCAAGAGCUGCCAGAUGCGUUUCCUAAAUGGGAGAAGAAGAGUUUACUCUGUAACGCUUUGUCCAUAGAAACCCAGGUGGCAGAAGUAGGUUGGCAGCCAAGUGAAAGUGAGCCUUUUGAAGACAAAACGAACAAAGAGAUAGAAGAGCACAUGGCUGAAGCUGCAUUACUGCCUAACAAUCCAGUUCAAGAAACAUCUGCACACACAUCUUACUUCUCUGUGUCCUCAGAUGAAGUAGACACUGAACAGGGUCUGAAGCAUGAGCCACUAGAUGAGGCUUUUGGUGGACCUUCAAAACCGGUCAGUAUGGAUCAAGCUGCUGUGAAUGUUACAGGCAAGACAGCAAGGUCUGCUUCAGAUCCAGUGACCCGCAAGCCUAAGGAAGAGAGACCUCUCUCAGCUCCAAGUAUUUCAAACCUACGAGAAUAUGAAAAGUAUGACGAUUUUGCAAAUGCAAUGCCAGCCAAAAGCUUUUUGGGACAGGAGUAUUCAGACGUGAGCACCGGAAAUGUGGAACAUGACAGCUCGCUGAACAAAACACAAAAGAAAGGAGUGAAAAACAAAAUGAAGCAUUUUACUCAAAAACUGAUGGAAAAGCUUAAAGAUAAACAAGAUUUUGAGCACACUGAAAGCAAGAGCACCCAAGACAACAAGGAAGAAGAAGAAGAAGAAGAAGGAGAGGGACAAAAUAAUUUCAUGAAGGUGGAAGCCGAGGCUCAAGAUAUUCCACCACCACUUCCACCGAAAAUGGGGAAAUACGUUUUCUUAAACAGAAGAUUUACCCUAAAAGACUUCAAACUCAAUCUUGAACCGAUCAACUUAAUGGAAGAAAUAUUCACAGGCAGCGAAUGGCUCAGUUACUUGCCCAUCAAAGAAAGUCUAGCUGAGAAAGACGCUAGUGAUCAGUCAAUGACACAUGAUGUUCUACAACCAGAAAAUGCUAUUCAACUCGACCUUUCUCGUCCGACACCAGAACAGGAGCGGUCAGAGGAUGUAAAGACACCAAAGCAGGACCAGUCAGAGGACGUAAAGGACAAUCAAGACAGUGUUAGUGAUCCUCAAGAGGAUAAUGUAGAAAAAGCGAACACUCACCUGGAUGUAGAGCGAGUGGAACGGGAUGCAAACAUAUUUGCUAUACCUAAGGCACUGCUAACAAAUAAUACAAUACAACAAAGGCCUUAUUUGUCAAACAAUUCAGAUGACGUCUAUGAUUGUGUGGACAUGUAUAUUAUUCCCAAAAAUGACCUUCCAUUAAGAAAAAGAAAGGCAUCGGAUGCUCCGCUGGACUUUUCAGCAGUCAGGUCAUUUGGUUUGCUGGACAACUCUGCCCUCAAGAGUCGAAUUCGUCUUAGCAAAAAGAGACACCACCAACCACCCAAAAAGCACAAAAAAGUAAAAACAGAAACAUCGAGUACCAUAUUCUACAAUAUUCCCCCGGUAAUCUUAAAUGAAUCUCCUGUCAGCGCAUCUCCACCACGUCACAGCAUCCCCACAUCCACAUCUCUUCCUUUGCAUUUACCAUCACGUCCAUACCACUCCUGACCAUACCAGAUCUAUCUUUUUUUUCAUCAGGUCAGUAAAGUCACAGCAGCAGUCAUUAGUCUAUGAAACCCUACACAAACAGAGACUGAUGUUAAUACAGUGUGAUCAUUGUAUUAAUGGUGGGCCUUGUUUUAUACUUCCUCUGCAGAUUAAAUAUACCUCAACUAGAAAGACUGAAGGUUGCUAGCCUGCAAAAGAUAGGGGAACAUUACAGUAUAUAAUUCAUUUGCUAGAAAUAAUAUAAUUAUUUUCAUAAUAAUGUUCAUUAAUAUAAUGAUUUUCUAUGUCUAUGUCAGUAUACACAUUUGUUUUUACAACUGAAGCACUGUUUAUUCACCGCUGCUAAUUAACUGUAAAGUAUACUAAAUCAUCAGUCUUUUUCCACAGUCCUUAUUAUUAUGCAAUUAUGCAAAAUAUCAUGUAAUAUUAUCAUGUAAUAUCCUGUGUGUCUUUUGCUGUCUUUAGAUUCCACUAACGAAUUGUAAAUCACCAACAUGUAUUGCAAUUAGAGCUGUCAAAUGAUGAAUUGCAUUCAGAAGAAACAUUUUUAUAUACGUGUGUGUGUGUGUGUGUGUGUGUGUGUGUGUGUGUGUGUGUGUGUGUGUGUGUGUGUGUGUGUGUGUAAUAUGUAUAUUUAUUAUGUAUAUAUAAACACACACAUAUAAACAUUAUGAACCUACACAGUAGCCUACAUACACAAACAAAAACCUUUAUUUUGGAUGUGAAUAAUCACCAGUGAUUGUGAAUGUGUUUUCAUUUCCGUCUGUUGAGUAAUUUUUCAAACUAUCUGAAUUAAUUUUUGUGCUUAAUGUGCUCAUGAACAUUCUAAUUCUGUUUAAUGAAAUACUAUAAUCAAGUAA